GGCGUUGCGCACACCCCGUGGGACUGGCUUGGCUUCUCUCGGCUCUGCCUCCGGCGGCGUUUCGAAACGCGUUUUCUUCCAAGGAGGGAGAGGGAGGGAGCGAGGCCCCAGAGCCGCGGCGGCGGGGAGCGGGGAGGAGAGCCCCAACCCCCCGAUACGCCAGCGCGACGCAGAGAGACGCGGAAGGUCCCUUCCAGCCGGCCGCCCCGGGAUCCGCCUCCCCUUCGCCUCUGGCUUUGCGGGCGACUCUCGGAGGGCUCCGCACGGGGGGCCAUUUCUCCCCCGCCCCUUUCCUGCCGCCGAUCUCCUCGCCGAGCCGCUGGGCAUGAGUUAAAUCGCGGACAUGGACACCAAACAUUUCCUCCCGUUGGAUUUUUCCGCCCAAGUGAAUUCCAGCUCCUUAAGUUCUCCGCCGAGCCGGGCCCCUAUGACCACGCCUGCCCUCCAUCCCUCUAUGGGGCCCGGCCUUGGGGGCUCCUUGGGGUCGCCCAGCCAGCUCCACUCGCCCGUCAGCACCCUAAGCUCGCCCAUCAACGGCAUGGGGCCGCCCUUCUCUGUCAUCAGCUCCCCGAUGGGGCCUCACGUGAUGUCUGGACCGUCCACCCCCGGCCUGGGAUUCGGAACCAGCAGCCCCCAGCUCAAUUCCCCCCUGAACCCAGUAAGCAGCACAGAAGACAUCAAGCCUCCCCUGGGCAUCAAUGGGGUUCUCAAAGUGCCAGUGCACCCUUCUUCUGCCAUGGCCUCCUUCACCAAGCACAUCUGUGCUAUCUGUGGAGACAGAUCGUCAGGCAAACAUUACGGGGUGUACAGCUGUGAGGGCUGCAAGGGGUUCUUCAAGCGGACAGUGCGGAAGGACCUGACCUACACCUGCCGGGACAACAAGGACUGUCUCAUCGACAAGCGCCAGCGGAACCGGUGCCAGUAUUGCCGGUACCAGAAGUGCCUGGCGAUGGGCAUGAAGAGGGAAGGGAUGGAGCACCAUCCAUCCCGGCCCACAAGACUCCCUGGAAGGCAGGAGCAACCAGCUGUCCAGGAGGAGCGGCAACGAGGCAAAGACCGCAACGAGAACGAGGUUGAGUCCACCAGCAAUGCCAAUGAGGACAUGCCGGUGGAGAAGAUCCUAGAAGCUGAACUGGCUGUGGAACCCAAGACAGAGACCUACAUUGAAGCUAACAUGGGCCUGACCCCAAAUUCGCCCAAUGACCCGGUCACCAACAUUUGCCAAGCGGCAGACAAGCAGCUGUUCACGCUGGUGGAGUGGGCCAAGAGGAUUCCCCAUUUCUCUGAGCUCCCACUGGACGACCAGGUUAUCCUGCUCCGAGCUGGUUGGAACGAAUUGCUGAUCGCCUCCUUCUCCCACCGAUCCAUCGCAGUGAAAGAUGGGAUCCUCCUCGCGACAGGCCUCCAUGUCCACAGGAACAGCGCCCACAGCGCAGGGGUCGGGGCCAUCUUUGACAGGGUAUUGACAGAACUUGUGUCAAAGAUGCGAGACAUGCAGAUGGACAAGACGGAGCUUGGGUGCCUGCGGGCCAUCGUCCUCUUCAACCCAGACUCAAAGGGGCUUUCUAACCCUGCUGAAGUCGAAGCUCUGCGCGAAAAGGUCUACGCGUCACUUGAGGCCUACUGCAAACAGAAGUACCCCGAGCAGCCCGGGAGGUUCGCCAAGCUGCUGCUUCGCCUCCCUGCCCUUCGGUCCAUCGGUCUGAAAUGCUUGGAGCACCUCUUUUUCUUCAAACUAAUAGGGGACACACCGAUUGACACCUUCUUGAUGGAGAUGCUGGAAGCGCCACACCAGAUGACUUAAGGGAGGCUUGGCCACGCCAGCUGUUGUCCUCAGCCCAGCGGGCUGCCUGCCACCAGGACCUCUGCCCUGAGACCUGUCCACCCCCCCCCCUUGGUGCAAGAGACGCUCCCCCUCCCCCCCCGCCCUGCCCCGCUUGGGGUACGGUGGCGUGGCUAACUUGGCCCUUUGCUGCUUCCACAACCACCUUGCACCCGAGGACGACCAGCUUUUGCAGAUGGAGAAUUGCUCAAACAGCAGCCACUGUCUGCUUGUACUUGGGGCCCUGCCCCCCCAGUUCAGGCUUUGGUUUUUCCCCAGGGUCUGCCUGGGGUGCAGGAGGGUGAAUUUACUCCAAUUCCCCUGAAGGGUUUCAGGAUUUUGUAAAGCCACCUUUAAUUAAGAACAAGGGAUUGUGGGAAACGAA